AUGCCCUCGUAUCCGCUCAGCGUGGCUGUGGUCUGCAUGAGCAACAUGAACAGGAGCAUGGAGGCCCACCGCAUCCUCAGGAGGAAAGGAUUCCGAGUCAGGUCCUUCGGAGCUGGAUCUCGAGUCAGGCUCCCAGGAACGGCACGCAACCUCCAGGUGGUUUACGAUUUCUCCACCACCUACGAGGAGAUGCGCAAGGACCUUGUGCGCAAAGCCCGAGAACGCUAUAACAGCAACGGCAUCUUGCACAUCUUGGGAAGAAACGAGAGAAUCAAGCCUCGCCCGGAAAGAUUUCAAGAGUGCCGAGAUCGCUUUGAUGUCAUCUUCACCUGUGAGGAGAGCGUCUACGACAGGGUGGUGGAGGAGCUGUGGGUCCGGGAGCAGGAGACCUGCCAGCCUGUGCACGUGAUCAACGUGGACAUGGACGACACCGCGGAGGACGCCACCCUGGGGGCCUUUAUCAUCUGCGAGCUCUGCGAGCGCCUCCAGCAGGCGGACAACCUGGAGGACUCUCUGGUCGAGGUGCUCCUGGCAGCCGAGCGCAAAACUGGCAAGAGCUUUCUGCACACGGUCUGCUUCUACUGA